UAUUUUUAAGAAGCUUCCCAAUGGAAAUCGGCCAGUCAUUUCUGUCUCUACGUUACAUGGUCGCUAUCUGUGUAUCGCGCGCACAGCGGAGUUCCGCCCCGGUUCGCACACACACACACACACACACACACACGUAAGCGCACACACAAGUGAGCACACUACCACUCCUAUUUGUAAAUAUUAAGCCGCAAAACGUCUAUUUAAAUAUGACUUCUGUGUGUCUCUGUGUUAAUGUAUGGCGCAGACGCGCGGGUUUGUUUACUCAUACAGAAGCACGAGACGCUUGCGGUGAUAUUAACGUCUGUCGUCUCACUAAAUGAGGACAUAAAUACAUGAACAACAUCUCCAGAACUGCUCUGAGAGUCACUUCAUGAGCAUUCGAGCGUUUCAUUUGAGAAAAACUAUCCUCAUAUCAUAUACAGAAAUGUAAAGGUAUUCACGGCAACCAGUCAAAAUAAAAGUUCGGUUUCACUUGAAGACAUUGGGCAGAAGGCCAUCCUGCCUGCUACUGCAUGAAGGCUGUAACUGACCUUCUCAUUCCUGCAUUUCCCAGAAUCCACUUGUACUUUGUUUCACUGAUCGUGCCACUGUGACCCACCCAUGUGAUCUGCUUUCACUAUUAGUGAAGCAUGAGCUCCUUAAAAUCUCGCUUGCUGGAACAUCUACAGAGUUGCAAAUUACCCCCUAAGGAUUUGUGAAAGCAACAUAAGGACUGUCUCUCAGUCUAACAACUCAGUCCAGCAAAGUGACAUGAAAGCUCAGUGUCAGACAUGCAAAAAAAUAACCAGGAUCAUCUCAUGAGACAAAGGGAAGCGAUCAGAUGCAGACUGAAGAAGCUGAAUGGCAAGCAAAAUGAAAUCAAAUCAAAGUCCUCUGCAAUGAGAGGAAGUAUAGUGAAGAAGUAUGAAGACAUGCGGAGAGUACUGGAGGAGGACUGUAGGAUCACUCUGUCCCUGCUGGAGAUGGAGGAGACGGCUGCAGUUCGAGCGCUGGACGACCUCAUUGAGGCAAACUGCGUCCUCCUCAGAGACAUUGAGGUUCAGCUGAAUGAAGGGAUGAUGGACAGUGACAUACAGCUUGGUGACAGGGUCACAAUGUAUGAGGACAGGGUGCUGGAAUUGCUAACAGCGACAGAGCCAGGUCUCAUAAAACUUGAUGAGGCCAAAUCAGAUCAGCUACUGGGCCUCACCAACAAUUUACUACUGUUUAUCCGCUCACAGAUCCCCAUCGCUAAGAGGCUGCUGAAGAGCUAUUCCUCAGAAGUGGUCCUGGACCCUUCCACUGCCCAUCCCAAGCUGAUUAUUUCAUCUGAAGGGGACUGUGCCACUUUCACAGAUGUAUGGCAAGAUGUCCCUGAGCAUGAGGCACGCUUUGACACCACCCUUAACGUCUUGAGCAUCCAAUGCUGGGAUUCUGGUCACCAUUACUGGGAGGUAGACGUGAGUGGAAAGAUCUACUGGGAACUGGGUCUCACCUACCCAUCCAUCUCAAGAAAAGGCCAAAAGGAGGACUGCUGGUUGGGCCGGCAUGCUGAAUCUUGGUGUCUGGAGUACUUUGACGGAGACUACAAUGCUUGGCAUGGAGGUACUGCUCAUCCUUUGCCCAUUUCCACCUGCUUCCAUCGAAUCGGGAUCUUCUGCAGCUUUCCUGGAGGUCUGGUGACAUUUUUAGGGGUGGAUAGCAUGACGCCGCUCUACUCUUUCUGUGCUGGAACAUUUACAGACUCUCUACACCUGGCUCUUUGUCCAGGUCAUGAUCUUCAGGGGACAAACUCAAAGCCUGUUAAGAUCUGUCGAUCCUAAUCAUCUUUAAAACUCAUACCUCAUGCUUAAAUGCACAUUGUAGAAUUUAGAAGAUAAAGUAGGCCUUCACAAGUUUGUUUGAUUUCACUCUGACUUUGUGUAGACUAGAUUUGUUAGUUUGUAUUUUCCAAAGCUAAAAAUGAAUCAUACAUUUUUUUGUAGAGCAACAGUUGAUUCAACUGCACUGCAAACCUUCAACAAAUGUGAUUUCAUUUAUCAUCAUUUGAAAGAAUCAGCACUUCAAAAUGGUAGAGUAAAAGAUAUGCAAAUACAUACAGUAUGCAUGCCAUAUGUACACUGCCUUUCAAAAAUAUGGGGUUAGCAAUAAUUUUUAUGUUUUGGAAAGAACACUCUUAUGCUCACCAAGGCUGCAUUUAUUUGACAAAAAUACAGUAAAAAAGCAAUAUUGUGAAAUAUUAUUAUAAUUUAAAAUAAGUUUUCUAUUUUCAACAUCAUUA